GGGAUGCUAGAGUCAUAAGCAAUGCUAGAGAAGGUUUGGAUGUGAAUAUGAGUGUUGAAUCCGAACAUUUUGUCUAGAUUAGAGAUAUCAUGUCAAAUAACGAAGAAAAAGAGAAGAAACAACUAAAUGAUAAUGAAGAGUUGAAGAAACAACUUGAAGAAUUAGGUGAGAAAUUCACUGCUCGUGAUUCCAAAUAUCGGAAGCUUAAGAGGAAUUAUACCACAAUUGUUUCAAACAAUAGCAAGGAUGCUAUCCGUGCUCGCGAUGCAGCAGUCAAGAUAGUCUGCGAAGAAAGUGAUAUUCAUCUUUCGAAGUAUGAAUUUGCUGACGUCCCUCCCAACGAGGAUAUUCCUGAUAGUGAAGAAGAAUAUGAAGAAUCCGACGAAGAAUUAUAAGAAUAAAUCCAUGAUUUUGAUGUUGAGAGAAGCAACAAUGAUGAUCAGAAUAAUGAAGAU